GAGGUGUACGAUAAAGUGUUACAGAAUGCUGCUGGUUCACCUGUGCACACUGCUGCUCAUCAGCUCAGCGCUGAGUGUCUCAGCGGAAGAUCGAGACCUGGACAAAGAGUUUGAAGAAUGGAAGACAAAGUACAACAAAGUGUACAGCUCACCGGAGGAAGAGGUGAAGCGCAGAGCCAUCUGGGAGGAGACACUUAAAGGAGUGGAGGCCCACAACAAGGCGGCUGACGAGGGUGUGCACUCGUAUCGGCUGAGCAUGAACCAAUUCAGUGAUCUGACAUUACAAGAGAUACCCACAGGCUUAGUGUCAAGCCCUGAUGACAGCACCAGCCUGAACACCACCAGCCUGAACACCACCAGUACCAGCCUGAACGACACCAGCCUGAACAGUACCAGCCUGAACGACACCAGCCUGAACAGUACCAGUACCAGCCUGAAGCGACCCCAGCCCGAGCGACCCCAGCCCGAGCGACCCCAGCAUUCUGUGUGCGUUUUGGGUCAUUAUCCUGUUGGAAGACGCAUGACCUACGACUGA